AUGAGGAUUAACAGUUUCAAUGAAGGUUGCUUAGAGUAACUAGAUGAUAAAUGUUUGAUUUGCCAAAAAGGUUGGAUUUUAGAAGAAUUAUUCGAAAAAUGUCAUCCAAUUAUUAGUGAUAGAAUUAUUAAAUGUGAUCAAGACUUUUGUUAAAUUUUUUAAUUUGAAACUGUUUAAUAAUAUUAAAAUGGAAUUAUUUCUCAGCCAGCAAUGAAGAUUAAUAGUUUCAAUGAAGGUUGUUUAUCGUAAAUCGAUGAUAAAUGCCCAAUAUGUUAGCAAGGUUGGAUUUUAGAUGAAGUAUUUGAAAAAUGUCAUCCGAUUUGUGGUGAUGGAAUCAUACAAGGCUUAGAAGAAUGUGAUGAUGGCAAUCUAAUAUCAAAUAAUUCUUGUCAUUUAUGCAAGUAUUAAUGUAAAGAAUUUUGUUAAAUUUGUUUAUUUGGAAAUUGUUUACAAUGUUAAGAUGGAUUUGUUUUAAAUAGUAAUUUUAAUUGUGAUCCUUUAUGUGGGGAUAGUAAUCUAAUUCCUUAUUCAAAUGAAUAAUGUGAACUGUCAGUUAAUGGUGUAUGGGAUAGAUGUUAGGAUUGUAAAUUUAUAUCAAUUCCAAAUUGUAAAACUGACUCAUUUCCAAUUUGUUUAGAAUGUGAAGUCGGAUAUUAAAUAAUAGAAAACGAAUGUUUACCUCAUUGUGGAGAUAAAAUCAUUCUUGAAUAAUAUGAAGAUUGUGAUGAUGGUAACUUGUAACCUUAUGAUGGUUGUUAUUAAUGCAAGUUUCAAUGUAUUGAAGAUUGUAACAUAUGUGAUCGAGGAUAAUGUUUCCUAAAAUGUGAAAAUGGAUAUAAAUUUGUUAAUAAUAGUUGUCUAUCGAUUUGUGGUGAUCAAAUUGUCACAAAAGAAGAGGAAUGUGAUGAUGGUAAUUUGCAACCUUAUGAUGGUUGUUUUUAAUGCAUGUAUUCUUGUCCUAAAAAUUGUUACAAUUGCUAUUAAGGUACUUGUUUAGAGUGCAAUUAUCAAUAUUAAUUACUCGAUUCAAAUCAAUGCAAAUAAUAAUAAUUAAAUUGUGGAGAUGGAUUGCUUUAAGGAUAAGAAGAAUGUGAUGAUGAAAAUUAUUAAGCAAAUGAUGGAUGCAAGGAUUGUUUAGUUGAAUAAAAUUGGAUAUGUAUUACAAGAACAAUAGAUAAGCCUAGCUAAUGUGCAUUCAACAAAGCUCCAAACUUAAUAAUUAACUAUCUCAAUAUGACUGAAAAUAAAUAAUACGUAAGUAUCUAAUUUGAUUAACAAGUUAAAAUAAAAACAGCUUAACCCUUAUCAGAAACUAUGAAUUUUCAAUUAUCAAAUAUCAAUAAGAAUAAAUGGAAUAGCAGCUUAUUUAUACUACAAGAUGUUGGAUCAGAUGUUAGUUUUGGAGAAUUUAUUGUCUAAAUAGAAAUAUAAUAACUACUUGAACUUAGACCAGUGUUGAAAAUUUCAAUAAAUCAGCCAGUUAUUAAUUUAGAUAAUGCUGCUUUAUUAGAAAUUGAGAAAUCGAUAACAUUGCAAUAUCCGACAUUUCUUAAUGAAAUACAGACUGAAUAUUCUGAAAAUUUUAAAACUCUAAAUCAAAUUUUAAUUUAUUUUUUGUUUGGGAUUGCUGGUGUCAGUCUAAUAUUCGGUAAUGGAGAUUUAUUUAUUGAAAUUUUGGCAAUCCUUGGGUAUGAGCAAUACUUAAGAUACAUUAAUCUAUAAUUUCCGGAAAAUCUUGAAAUUUACUUUUCUUCUUAUGAUUUGAUAACUAUUCAACCUCUCUUGGAUUUAAUUUAAUUUCCUCAACUUUUACAGUUUAUUGAUAUUUAAUCAAAUUAAGAAUAUUCUCAUGGAAAGUUUAAAAUGUAUAAAUUAUGCUCGUCAAUAAUCAUUAAUCUUUAAUGUCAAAUUUUCUAGUUCUUAAUAUUUUUAUUCCUUAUUUUGUUAUAUCAAUACGUAAAAAAAAUUUUAUUUAAUUGGAUAUUUUGCUCUAAAUACUUUUACUAUACGUCAUCAUUAUCAACAUAUAUAAAUUCAAAAUUAGUUUUUUAUUUAAGUUAAUCAUUUUAUAAUAUUUUGGUGGAUAUCCUUAAAUUGGAAAAAUUUAUGUCUUAUUAAGGGUUUUAAAAAGCCUUACUCUUAAAUGGCUGGGAUAUGAUAUUUAAAACAUUAUUAUAAACAAGAAGCAUUUAGACUGAAAAUUAUAUAAACAUUGUAGAAAUUAUCAUUUUAAGCAUAAUACUUUUCUUUUAUUAUACUAUUUUGUUAGAUUGUUUCAAAGUUUAAUAAUAAAAAUAAAAAAAAGAAAAGUUUGAGAUACUAAAUUUUGCUAGAUAAUUUUUGUUUUUGUUCUUCUUGAUCUAUCUUUAAGAUUGCCAAAUAUUGUAAUUAGGAGUACUCUUUUCACAAGCAUACUUUAGAUUAAAUUGUUAGUUAAUUAUAGAUUUAUUUUAAGGAAACAAAAUUAUAUUGUUUAUAUGGUGGUUGAGAUAUCAGUAUUGA